AUGUCAACACCUAAUGAUCGUUCUGCAGUUCGUAAAGAAUUACGUGAAAUUAUGCAAGAAAUUCAAGCCAAACAUGAAUUAUUAUCAAACCCAGAUAAUGAUGAAAUUAUAAAUUUUGUUGAUAAAGCAGGUAAAAUAUUUGAUAAAAUCGAUCACCCUCGUGAGGCAGCACUUGAUGCGGAAUGUUUUACUAUCACCUCAGGUGUUACAUUAGAAAAAUCACAAAGACUUAAAACAGGAUUUAAAAUGUAUGAUAUUUCAUCAUUUAUUACUCGAUUUCGUGAUUUGUAUUCAGAGAAUAAUGAUGUAACUGAAAACCAACUCAUUAAAUUUGGUAAAGAAGUAUUAUUAAGUGGUUGGAAAGUUGCACCAUCUAAUCCUCUUAUUCAUGGAGUUAUUAUUGAACGCAAAACUAGAGAAAGAAAAAAAAUUAUUAAAUCGGAUGUUGGAGAAGCAGUCAAACCAAAAACAGUUAAUGCAGAUGAAUGGAGUGCAGCUAAAGAAACACCAGAACGAAUUAAAAUGGUUAAAGAAUUAUUAAUAAAAAAAGGAGAAAUGCCAUUCUUUCAAUUUGUUUUGAAUGUUAAAAGUUUUGGACAAACAGUAGAAAAUAUCUUUUAUACAUCUUUUUUAAUAAAAGAAGGAACUGCUUAUAUUGUUGUUAAAAACAGAGUACCUUAUAUAUCUAUUAGUACUUCUAAAAAAGAUUCUAAAAAACAAGAAAAUAAUUCUCAAACGGUAUGUACAUUAGAAUAUGAAAUGUGGAAAGAAAUGGUUGAUGCUGUUAGUCCAAAUUUUGUUCAAAUAAUUCCUCAUAGGGAGGUUUCAAAAGACGCGCUUAAAGCAAUCGAACAAUAUAAUACUCAAAAAUUUUAUGAUUCUCGAUUUUUAUCACAACCUCCUUCAACAAGAACUCCUUUCUUAAAACGUAGAAAACAAGAGUAA